AUGGAGAAGAGCGGAUACAAAUGGAUAUGCGAGGAUUGCGGAAAAACUUUCACGAGAAAAAGAAAUCUGAAUCGUCACAGACAUACACGACACAGCAGCGAACAACAUUUUAAACAGUGUCAAAUAGACGGAUGUCAGCGAGCCUAUCGUAGGACGGAGUACUUGAGACUACACUUAGCAAGAACACACAAACUCUCCGUCGAAGAAGCCAGUAAAUUAGCAAAAGAAGCACAGUUCGUUCCACAACAUAUAGACUCAAGCACUAACAAUAUCGAGUCAUUAUAUGACUUACUGGAGGAAUUCGAACCCCAACCGAGCCCACAGCCAAUGCCAAAUGAACCUAUAUACGAGGACAUAAAAACAAUAACAAGUCCUGUCGUAACAAGCAGUGAUGAAGAGAUGGAAAAUGAUAUCGAAAGUAUCGGGACUCCCUCGACAGAAGCCGACCAAGGUGACUACGAGGAAAGGAGAGAAGUCAUCGCGGAAGAAACAUUUACAAUUCGACUGAUAAAGAGGACGAACAGAGAAGGGGAUGUCAUCAAGACAGAAAGAGAACAGAUAUUCUCCGCUAGCAGAAAUGGUCGAUACAUUCCAUCCUAUGAUGUUGACUGGGCCAGCCUUUUUACUUACAUUAGCGAAGAAAUCCAGGAACAUUACGAAUACCAGUACACCAGGAACGCAGAAGAUGUCGAGGAAAUGUGA